UCGCAUCAAGCUCGGAAGGUAAACUCCAAACCUUUUCCGAUCGUUUCGCUUCUUAUGAUUUUCAGGCGACGGAGGUUCCGUUGAUGAUUUGAUUUCGAUGCUCUCGGAGUCUGUUGCUUCGUAUACACAUCGGAUCUCUUUGGCUUAGAUCCUCUGUUCUUCAGAGAUUGUGACAGCUUCCUGUUUUCAAAUCCGUGAUAGCUUCCUGAGCCUGUGUUAAGAUUCAUCUUGAAAUACGUAUUAUCGUGAUCGAUCGUAUUGUCUCACAUUUCAUUUGAUUCCGAAUUGUUACAUUUUACGUGAUUGGGAAUCUCAUUUGGAUUAGUAGCUGAAGGGGGAAAUGGGGCUUUCAUUUGGAAAGCUUUUCAGCAAGCUAUUUGCGAAGAAGGAGAUGCGUAUCCUUAUGGUUGGUCUUGAUGCUGCUGGUAAGACCACCAUUCUUUACAAGCUCAAGCUUGGUGAGAUCGUUACCACCAUCCCCACCAUUGGGUUUAAUGUGGAAACAGUUGAAUACAAAAACAUCAGCUUCACUGUGUGGGAUGUCGGGGGUCAAGACAAGAUCCGUCCCUUGUGGAGGCACUACUUCCAGAACACUCAAGGUCUGAUCUUCGUGGUCGAUAGCAAUGACAGAGAUCGUGUUGUUGAAGCAAGAGAUGAACUUCACAGGAUGUUAAACGAGGAUGAGCUUCGUGAUGCAGUACUUCUUGUGUUUGCUAACAAGCAGGAUCUUCCAAAUGCAAUGAAUGCUGCUGAGAUAACUGAUAAGCUUGGACUCCACUCUCUCCGGCAGCGUCAUUGGUACAUCCAGAGCACGUGCGCCACCACCGGUGAGGGACUGUACGAAGGUCUGGACUGGCUCUCCAACAACAUUGCUAACAAAGCUUGAGCUUUGUGAGACGAAAGCUUUGGCUUCUGGGAGAAGCAUUAUCUCUGCUUCUUGUUCAAAACCUUUUUCUCUCUUUUUUUUGUUUUGAGUUUUGGUGAUUAUGGAGUCGUAUAUGUUGCCAGUUAAAAAUGAUUUAUUUUGUGUCUUUAACGAUAGAUAUAACAGAACGUUGGUGAUGAAUUUAUUUAUCUUUUAUUACUUUUGGGACAAUGUUCACAUGUCCGUGUCAAAUUCUCAUUUUUUUAUGAACAUGAAGUAAUAAUAAACACCGUA